AUGGGGGAGAACAUACCAUUAUUAUCCUCUAGAGGUCUUGAGUUCCAAAGUACUUUUUCCUUACCCAAGGAUAUUUUCAGAAACCGUUUAACAUGGUCGUGCUGCGAGAUUUGCAACUCCUUAGGAUUUUGCAUCUGGUUGCUAUUAUGGUUACCACUUACCGUUUGGUGGGGCAUGUCCAGCACUUCAACUUAUUCAUUUUUUAUUGCUUUGGUUCUUCUGUUCCUAGGGCUAAUUAUUUUGCCUCCAAUUCAAAUACUUUGCCGUAAAUAUACCUUAUCAAAUCAUCUCACCCAGCUUUCUAAAGAAAUCAUCAAAAGUACGCCAGGUGCAUUCUCUGAUGAUUGGGACACUGUUGCACUACAUUUCAAUUCCUACUUGUAUGAAAACAAUGCCUGGAAUACUGGGCAAUUUUUUUUCAAUGGUACUGACUGCCAAGAAGCAUUUAGAAAAACCAUUCUAGAGCCAGUCGUUUUAAGGAGAGAAAACGAAGGUGCUAGGUUCACAUCAUUUGAGGUUUCGGUUUUUCACAUCGAAAAAGCAGUGCAGGUUUAUUUCACAAAAGUACACGAACAGUGGAAAUUGAUCCAUACUGAGAAGGAAUGCAGCGCUACUGGCUUGGAAAAUGUCAAGCUUCCUAAGGAAACCUAUCGUUGCAAGCUAGCAUGGAGUUUCCAGAGGAUCAGAUUUUCUUACUAUCCAGUGGAAUCCCUUUCUGAUUUGGUUGACAUCUAUCUGUACGCGCAGUUUUCAUCCCUCUGCUUGGUAUCUUAUUGUCUAGUGGACAUUUUAUUUAGAGUGGUAGAGGAUUUUCAGAACAUAAGGCCUAAAUCGAUGAAAGUUGAGGAUAAAAUGCAGUACUUAUCAGAUAUUAUAAGCGAGCAAGGUGCUCCUACUGAGAGAUGGGACAAAAUUGCAAGGAAAACGAAUAGAUGGUUAUUUGAGAAGAGGGUUUGGAAGAAUGAAGAGUUUUUCUUUGAUGGCACUGAUUGUCAAGUGUUCUUUAAACGGAACUUUAGCACCCUUUUAUUUUCAAAGAUAUCUGUGCCGUCUAGAUCAUUAAACGUUGAACUUUGGCAGUACAUUCAAGAAGCACAAUCAGCCUCUACUGAUGAGCCUUUAGUGUAG